AAAAACAUGCACACACAUGCACCAGAAAAAAAAAACAAAUGUGGGGGGUUUUUAACGGUAUGAAAAAUUCAUAGUUUAGAGUUCUAAUACUAAAUAGAGCUAAUUUGAAGAUCUUGUAUUGAUCAAUAGCCUUCUGUGUUGCAAGUUUCUGUUAAAUCAGAAAUUUGUGAAGAGAAGAGGAUAGGUCCUCAAUCCAAUCUGAGCCUAGAAAUGUCAUCUGCUCGGUGUUUCUAGGCCUCAUUUAAUAUCUACAUUGUAUUUUAAUCAUUUGGACACUAAGUUAACUGGUUAUCUUAUCAUUAAUAAAAAUCUUGUAGCACUUAUGCAGGUUGUAACUGUCAAUUAAAAUGGUUUAUCUUCUAUUCAUUCAGCUGAACCUGGAAAUUGGUCUUAUAUUCAGUGUUUAUAGGCCCUAAAUUAAUCCCCCCCCCUGUUAUUUUAAUCAUUUGAACCCAAAGUUAUCUUAUAACUCAGAGAAAUCCGGUUACACAUAGGAAGGACACUAACUGCCAAAAAAUAUGAUUAGUUCACUAUUCAGUAUUCAGUUCUGGCAACGUUUUGAAAGUUCUGUCAAGAUUUCCGUAGCUAAUCCUUCUCUUCUCUUCUCUCCUCUCUUCUUUCGCUCUCACUCAAAAAUGGCAAGAGGACGGAAGCCAACUUUCAAGUUUUCUUUCUUCAAGGCUCCUCCUAACCCAGAGAAAGUAGAGAAAGUCUCUGUCUCUGGACCAAAAUCAAGCAUGAUGCAGAGCUUCAACCAUGGUGUAUCGAAGUUCAUCUCCUCCUCUCCCUUCAGCACCCUUUGUCUACCUCCUCUGGCAUCAAGAACACAACAAGACUUUCAUGGACCUCCCUCAGAGUUCCAAUGCCCGAUCACAGGUUCCUUAUUGUACGACCCAAUCACACACCCGAAUGGCUCGACACUCGAGCGUGUGUUCAUCGAAGCCUUCAGAGAAUUCAACUACAUUCCUUCGUCUCCUUUUGAUCUGACAACUAAUGAGGAGCUCAAAUCCAAGAUCCUCGAAUGGUGUGAUCUCAUCGGCCAUCCUCGCCCUCGCCCCAUCUCUCUAGAAGAGGCCUGCCGUUGCACUGAAGGAUUCUUGGCCUUCUAUGACAAUUUUCAGUCAGGGUUUACAAAGGUUUCUGAAGAUGACAAUGGUAGAUAUUUCUUGAAUUCAAGAAACCAACUUUCUCCCUCUUCAUCCUCUUCCAAAGGUGAUGAAACCAACGUCAGUCCUCUCAGAGAGUUCAAGAAGAUCAUUAGGGAGCCAGAUGUCAAGAAAACUUCACCAAGAAUCACCUACAACAGAAGGCCUCCUUCGUAUUUCUCAGAAGCAAUGGAAGCCAUCAACAGGAGUAAGACUGCAGUUCCUGACUCUAUUUCUACAACCGAAACCAUUGAUGUUGAUCCUAUAAAGGAAGUGGUCAUGAUGGAGCUAAAAAACGAGAACAUUGAAGUAAGAUUACAAGCCCUGAUCAUGAUCAGUAGCUAUGCGCGCCAGCACAGACACGUAUGUAUUGCUCUCUGCACACACGAUAUCCUCAGAUACCUUCUCCCAAAGCUUCACCCUCGUCACCCUGAGGUUCUUAUCACCCAAACUGCCAUCGCCUUUGCCAUUUUAUCCGAAGAACCCUCCAAUAGAAUUACUAUUGUCGAGUCUGGUGUAAUCUCACGUUUAGUUUCCAUCCUCAAGAACAGCGACACUGAAACCCGUGACAUUGCUGCCCUUGUUAUCCACAACCUUGCAUUAGAAGAAAGAAACAAGGAAGUAAUUGGGUCUGGCAUCAAUGUGAUUUCAGCCCUUGUUAGCUAUUUCUGUAAAUGUAAAGGAGAUUAUAUUGGGCGUAGAUAUGCAGGGAUGACGUUAUGCAACCUAACAAUUAAUUUUGGUGAAAAUCUUAUGAGGCUGGCAAUGACUUCAGGAGCUGUUCAUGAAUUGCUGAAGCUGAUGGUUGAUACAUCGAGCAUGGAGGCAAUGCGUUUAGGGGGUUUUGCAAUGGUGCUGAUGUCAAAACUGGCCUGGAUAAAAGAAGCGAGGAAUGUGUUGGUCCGAGUAGGAGCGGUUGAAAACAUAAUGAAAAUGAUGAAGGAAGGGACAGGGGAUGGAGAGUGUUGCUUGGCUGUGAUGUAUCAGAUUCAAACCUGUGAAGAUAACAGGGAGUUGUUUAAGCUGUCAGCAAUUUGCGCAGAAGCUGGUAAGGUGUUGUCGCAAGAUAGAGAAGAAUGGGGAGAAACAGGAAGGGAGAUGGCCAAGCGAAUGCUUGAAUUCAUCAGAAUCGACAACCACCAAUCUCCUGACUCAUCGCUGCAGUAAUAUAGUUGUAAGUGCAUUUGAGCAGUUCAUGUAGCAUAUAUUCAGUAUUGGCAUGUAUUCAGAAUGACAGAAUACUAACAUGGCAAUCCUGAUACUUCUCUAUUUUGCCAGUAGUACAUACAUUUUUUCAUA